CAGGUCCCGCUAGCGGCUCUCUCAUUGAGGACUCGAGGAGGGUAGGGGGGGGGGGGGCGCGCUCCAGCAGACGAGAGGGGUCGCGUCGGGGGUAUCGGUGUGUGGCGAGGGGGGACCCCCAGGGGGACCCCAACGCCACGUGGGAGAUGUGGGCUCGAACGCUCACUCUGGUCGCGGCGGUGGCCGCGGCGGUGGUGGCGGUGACAGGCGAAACGCAGGUGGAGUGCACGGGCGGGGCACGUGACUCGGUGCACAACUACUCAGCGUGGACUCUGAAUGAGUCUCGCCUGGUCCCGCUCAGCGAGUUCAGAGGUCAAGUGCUGCUCGUGGUCAACGUGGCGACCUUCUGAGGGCUCACGACCCAAUACUGGGACCUGAAUGCACUACAUUCCCAUCUCCCAGAGUUCCAGGUGCUCGCUUUCCCGUCGAACCAGUUCGGGAAGCAGGAGCCUGGCUCCAAGGAGGAGAUACUUCCCGGACUCAAGCACGUGAGACCUGGGAAGGGUUUCGAACCCAACUUUCCGAUCUUCAAGAAGGGAGACGUGAACGGGGCGGAGGAGCAGCCACUCUACACCUACCUCAAGACGUCGUGCCCUCCCGUGGGCGACUCGUUCGGCAACCCUCAGGGACGUCUCUUCUACGAGCCGCUGCGCGUCUCGGACGUCAAGUGGAACUUCGAGAAGUUCCUCGUGAGCGCCGCGGGUCGCCCCGUGCGACGCUACGCGCCCCUCACACCCAUGGCGGCUGUGCGCAGGGACAUCCUCGCUUACCUCUCCUCGUCGUCAUCGUCGUCAUCAUCGUCGUCGUCGUCCCGGUCCUCCAUGCAGCAGCAUCAGCAAGAGCAGGAGCAGGCCACCCAUCACCACCACCACAGCCACAGCCACCACAGCCACCACAGCCACCAAGUCCCCCAUCACCGCUAGGCACCCCGAGUGCCCACCGUGGUAUAUCCACGUUAAGUCGUCAUCUUUGCUCACCGGUUCUUCUGCUCCUCCCUCAACACUCACUCCUCCACCCCCCUCAGCUCACCCCCACGACCCCCCUUAAUCUCCCCCCCCCCCACCCCCUCACGACGACCACCACUACCGCCGUUCCUGUUCCCGCUUCAAAGUCUCGUUACAUGGCUUUCGCUGAUUCCCCAUUCACCCAAUCCAUUCGUCAUCAAUUUCGCUUUUGUACCGAGUGCACGCACCACAGGUUCCGCCCAUUACCACGUCCUCUCGUCUAUUGUAUUGGCCCCAUCUACACCAUUAUAUUCACACAUUCUGCCCUUCUUAAUUGGGCAAGGCGCUGGAAAAAUUACGCUAAGAUUUUGACCCCCCCCCCUCCACCCAGUCUGGCACUGACGACAUGGUUCUACCAUCCAAUGAGAAGCCAGUCCCAUUGAUUCACACCCAGUCCCAUUGACUCACACCCAGUCCCAUUGACUCACACCCAGAGUCAGACCCAUUGAUUCAAGCACACCCAGUCCCGUUAGUGAGACCGAGGCUCAUGCAAUCACCAGACCCCAUCCUCUUCAUUCAUUCCCACGCAGUCCCAUUCAUUCAGAAGGGUCCCAUUCAUUCAGAGGGGUCCCAUCGUUCAGGGCCUCACAUGGACCAGGUUCUCAGGUUCUCAUCCAGUCCCAGACCAGGCCCAAGCCCCCUCCACUAUUCACCUGGCCCAGCCCCGUCGGCCUCACCAAUUGGUCGCCUGCCGCCUCGCCAAUCUACUCACAGCCAAUCAUCUCUGCUUCCCCCCCCCCCCUUCACUCUCCCCCAUAUACACCACGCCCCCCCCCCCAAGCCUGGACUUCUGACCCACGGACCCCUGACCCACGACCCCCCCCCCCCCCCCCCACCCCCCAGCUUCAAGAACACGAAUCCGCUUGGAGAUAAGGGAACUGACUUCCAUGCUAAACCUGACUCCCGUGGUAAACUGAACUCCCAUUAUAAACUGGAUUUCCAUGGUAAACUCAAUUUCCAUGGUGAACUGGACUCCCGUGGUAAACUAGACUCCCGUGGUAAACUGGACUCCCAUUAUAAACUGG